AAAGCAAAAUAAACCAACCUCUCAACUACCAUAACCACCACCUCAAUCUCCCUCUCCACUCUUCCCCAUUUUCACACCAUUUCCUCUCUCUCUCACUCUCACUCUCACCCUCCUCUUUCUCUCUCAUAAGCAACAAAAUGCAAAGUCUCCCACCUCUCCAUCUCCUUCCUCAUUCACCAAAAUCCAAACUUUUGAGCAACUAAAUCCUACCCUUUUUCCCAAACAAACAAACAAAACAAAAUCCAACACCCCCACUUCUUCCUUCCUCCCAAAACCCCACCUUUCCCCUUCAAACUCCACAAAAAACACAACCCUAAUUAAAAAAAAGCAACCUUUGUUCUAUUCUAGUUUCCACUUUCAAUGUGGCAACCUUGGAACAAACCACGUUCAUCUUCCUUCUCAUGUUCUUCCUUCAAAGACAUUCAAACCCUAAUAUUAGAUGAACCCUCCACCACCAAACCCAAACCCUCAAUUUUCCACCGGGUCACACUCGCCAACAAGCUCCUCCGAGCGUGGUCAAAUCACCCCAAACUUACCGCACGCGCCUCCGACGAAGCCCCACGCGCCGUCCAGCCGCAACCCCUGCCGUCCAUCCCCCGUUCGGAGCAGCGCGUAGUGGUGUACUUCACGAGCCUGCGCGUGGUCCGCGGCACGUUCGAGGACUGCAAAACGGUGCGUUCCAUCCUGCGCGGAUUCCGCGUUGCGCUGGACGAGCGCGACGUUUCAAUGGACUCGGGUUUUCUCGCGGAGCUCCGUCGGGUCACGGGUCGCAAAACGGGUCUGACUCUUCCUCGUGUGUUCGUCAACGGAAGGUACGUGGGUGGUGCCGAGGAGGUGCGGUGGCUGCACGAGAAUGGCGAGCUCAGGAAGCUCCUCGAAGGUCUGCCCGCAACAGAUUCUCAUAUGCGCGCUUGCCACGUGUGCGACGACCACAGGUUCCUGCUGUGCGGGGAAUGUUCCGGUGCGCGCAAGGUAUACGCGGAGAAAGGUGGGUUCAAGACGUGUACGGCGUGCAACGAGAGUGGCCUCAUCAGGUGCAUCUCCUGUUCUUGCUGACCACGUGCACCUGCACCUGCACCUCUUUCUCUUUCUCUCUCUCAUGAUUCAUGAUGAUCUUUUUCUCAUCCCAGUGUGAGUGAGGGAGUGACACCUAAUUAAUAAUUAAAAUUAAAAAAUAGCAAAAUAGAGAAUGGAGGUGUCAGUUAUGUCAACAAAAAAUAAUAAAUCAAUUUUUUUU